AUGGAUGCACCCAAGCCUCCGCCAUAUCGGGGGGCGCAGACCACGAUGAUGGCCAUUUCUAUUGUUUUCACCACCCUCGGAACUGUUGCGAUUAUCCUUCGGCUGGUGGGAAGAUGGAUCGUCCUCAGGAAGUUCGGGGUUGACGACAUAACCAUGACCGUCGGAAUGGUUUUGACCGGCGGCUAUUUGUUCGAAAUUCUGUACGGAAGGCGUUUUGGGCUGGGGCUUCACGGCGCGGACAUUGCUUUCGAGAGGAUGCACAAUGUGCUUAUGCUGAUCUACGCCAUUCAAUUGACUUACAACACAAUCAUAGCAUUGGUCAAGAUUUCAAUCGUCUCCUUCUAUUUACGAUUGGCAACGGUAGACAGUGCUCUUCGGAAAGGUUCUUGGGCCACCAUUAUCUUCCUGCUUGCAUUCUACAUCACUACACAGACUACAACCACAUUGCAGUGUUUGCCAAUACACUCAAAUUGGGAUCUCACAGGAACUGUGAAAAAGAAAUGCAUCAACACUGUUGUUUAUUUCUACAUUAUUGCAGUUGUCAAUAUUCUCCUUGACAUAUGGAUACUUUUGCUUCCAGUCAGGACACUCAGCAAUAUCAAGCGUAGUCGAAGAGACAAGAUUGUGCUAUUAAUUAUUUUUGGAGUGGGCGGAUUUUCUUGCAUCUCCAGCAUCAUUCGACUUUACACAAUCAAAGUGUUCGCUACAUCUAAAGAUCCCUUUUUCGACGGCGUUCCGAUCAAUACAUGGUCUAUGAUUGAGAUCAAUGUUGCAGUUGUCUGUGCUUCUGUGCCAGCUAUGAAGCCUCUAUUCACAAAAGCUGUGCGGGAACGAAUGACUGGAAGCAGCCGCACUCGAACAGCAUUCAAUUCUUAUGGACACCAGAUGUUACCCCUCAGCGGGGAGGAAAACAAAUCUCCAUCAGGCGGUUUCCGAGACGCCAAAUCUGGGUAUAUGGCAAAGGCCACAUCGAAGGGCAUGGGCGGCAGUGAAGAACACAUCAACUCAAAGAUCCAGGGGAUCGAGUAUGAAAGGGAAUUCACGGUCGAGGAGUCAUACAUUGGAUCGACGAACAAAAGCAUCUCAGGAUCUUCGUCUCGGGCGUAA